AUGGCCAUGAUCAAGAAGAAGACCAAUGCCGACAUGUUCUCAUUUCUUCCAGACCAUGUCAUCUCUCUCAUCCUGUCCUUCUUACCCUUCAUAGAUGCUGCCAGAACCAGCGUUUUGUCCAAGAGAUGGCGCCAUAUAUGGCACGCAACGGUAAGAAUCGAGUUUGAUGAGAGUUUCUUUGUGAAAAGAGAAGAAUCCACUGAGAAAAGAGAAUUGGCGAGAUGCGGUUUCAUCGAUUUUAUGAGACAGUGGAUGCUUAACUAUAAGGAGCCAGUGGUGGAGACAUUUAGCCUCUCAUUCACCAACCCCGGAGAAUAUCGUUCGGACAUGGAGAAUUGUCUGCGAUUCGCCAUUCUCCGAGGAACAAGAGGCCUGUAUCUUGACUUUGCUGAUCCAUCAUGGGGGGAAGACGAGUUUGACCCACAUCUCAGGCUGUUCCAGCUGCCAACAUUUGUUUACAAACAUAAAGUUCUUGAAUCCUUGAAGCUGUUUUCAUGCAGAUUCGAUGUUUCUGAGUUCAACGCCUUCAGUGCCCUUAAGGAUCUUUCUCUGGGAUGGGUAGAAGUUAGAAGCUCUUCUCUAAAAGCCUUGCUGAUGAACUGUCCCCUUCUGGAGGGUCUGUGCUUGAAGAACUGUUGGAAUUUAGGCGAUCCUGAUAUUUCAGGGCCAAAUCUGAGGCUUCGGAGGCUGAUCAUAGAUAAAUGUUCUAUCGACAAUCACAUUAUACUCAUGGCACAGAAGCUACAAUACUUCAAGUACUCAGGAUUGGUGAAAAGUUUUCUCCUAGAAGACCAACCUGAUGUGGAGGAGGCCGAAUUCGAUUUUGGGCUCGAGUCCGAAUUCGACAACAGUGGCUACUGUGGUGAUACCCUGCAAGACGUCCUCAGAAAUCUGUAUUCCAAUACUUUAACUGUAUGCAGUUACAUGCUACAGGAACUUCCGUCCGGGGAGGAGCCACUGCGCUUGUACCCUUACCUUGAUGACAUGCGGCAUCUGAUACUGAAGACCUCAAUGCAUUCAUAUGAACUCUGUGGACUUUCCUUCCUGCUAAAAAGCUGCCCCGGGUUAGAGAUGAUCACCAUUGAUUUAGGCCCGGCCAGAAUAUUUGCUGAUUAUGAACCACCAUUUCAGAUUCAGAGUCAUGUAUUCUGGGCACAACAUAUACCAUUUAUUGACUGUGUAAGAGAAACAUUGAAGGUGGUGGAAGUAAAUGGCUUCAAAGGGGAGCCGAACGAAAUCGAACUGCUGCAGAAUGUGCUCCGGUAUGGGUGUGUGUUGGAGAGAAUGAGAAUCAAUGUCAUAAAGAGUAGUGAUUCGGAUCCGGCUUAUCAAUGGCGGGCUCAAAUGUUGCAGUAUUUCACAAAAGCCUCUCGGAGGCUGCAAGUUGUGAUCUCUUAG